UGGCAGAGUCCUCGAUACUAUUUUUAGUAUUUUAGUAAUCCUCUUACAAAUGAAUAGUUUACUAACAACCUAAUGGAAAGACACACUUAUCUGUGUUGACAUCGGCGUAAAUAACUACGUGUAGGGUCUGAGAUGCUGAAGUCUGGGGUUCAUGAUGAGCAUCUUCAAUCCUAGCGAUGACAGGGAAGACUCUAUUUCAAACAUUUGCAUUCCUUACCAGGACAAAUAUUUUUGUUGUUGUCAUCAGACAAGGAAGGGAAAUGCGCCCUUUGUUCAUGGUAUUUACACGUCUCUAGCAAACACCUUGUCCGGUUGAGAACUGCGCAUAGUAGGUGAUACAUCACAGCCUACCAUAUGUGUUCCUUUACAGGUCACAUGAUAUUGCAUGCCACAGCAGGAUGGAGAACUCUACACAGAACCCCCAGAGCGUUCAUCAGGACAGCUCCAUGCUUCCAGAAAGCACGGUGCUGCUCAACUCAGCUGCUGAAGCUGGAAACUGGGAUCUGGUCCAAGAUGUCAUAAGACAUGGUGAGGUCACUGCCACUGAUGUCAGACAGUCUGUCAUCCUACAGAAACUAGCAUCUGCUACUGGGAUUAGCCAGAAGCUUGUCAGAAACAUACUAAACAGUUUGUUUUCAAACCGAUCCUCUGGCGACACACUAAAACACGUCGUGCAAGAAGCUUUCCUUAGAGCGGCUCACUGUGACAACUGGGACACCAUGAUAUCUUUUAUAUCGGCGGCUUACACUUUGUUUGAAGAUGAGGCCAGCCUGCUCUCGGUGACAGAAGUUAUGGGAUCUAGCAAAUCUCUCAGGAAAAACCGUUACCUGCAAAUAGAUGUUUUAGCUUGUGUUUGGAGACAUGCAAAGCGGAAUAUUCUAGACAGCACAGACAAGAGAGUACAGAACACUUUGGUGCAGCUGGCGGCGGAACUCAACAUGUGGUCACGUGUCUGUGACCUUCUCGUCGCUAAGCCGGACCUGAACAAUUCUCGAUAGGGAUGGUUUGUCAGUCCUACACAGACUCGUCAUGUG